GUCUGCCCCAGCUGCCGCCGGCGCCCCCGCAGAUGGAGCGGCCCCUCCAAACCUCACCAGCAACCGCCGCCUGCAACAGACACAGGCUCAGGUGGAUGAGGUGGUGGAUAUCAUGCGUGUAAACGUGGAUAAGGUUCUGGAGCGUGAUCAGAAACUGUCAGAGCUAGAUGAUCGGGCCGAUGCCCUGCAGGCUGGAGCCUCACAGUUCGAGACCAGCGCUGCAAAACUCAAGAACAAGUACUGGUGGAAGAACGCCAAGAUGAUGAUUAUCCUGGGGCUGAUAUGUGCGAUUGUCCUCAUCGUCAUCAUCGUCUACUUCAGCACUUAAGAUGAGUGGCUCCUACCCCAGUCUGCACACGAGACUGCCCGCUUCCUUGCAACAGAAAACCCUUCAAAUCAACAACAAAAAAUUUCCACUGAUGAUGAAUUAAUUAAAUUGCUCCCCAAAUAGUCUCAAUAUGACCCUGCCCAGAACCCCUGAACCCUCUCAGCCCCCGUUUCCACCACCUCACCUCUGGACCCCUGUCAAUUUUCGUCCUGUGAGUCUGUGGCCCUGCCUUCUUUGUAAAUACUUCCUGCUUUUCUAAUCCGUCAUUCAUACUCAGAACCCAAUACUUGUUGUGAUUGUUACCGAUGACAACGACAGAAAAGGAAAUGAUGACCCUGGCGAUAAUUGUUAUAUACCAGAUAUGAAAUAUAUAUAUAGUUCUUUGUAGGAAUUUUAUUCUGAUAUAAUGUUUUUGUAGGUUGUGUGUGGGUGUGCGUUUUGUAUUUUUUAAUUUUUGUAUUAAUUUUACUUAUGCUUCAGAUUUGAACUACUGCCUAUUAAUCAGAGUGUGUAUAUCUUGCACGUUCUCUCUCACUGUCUCUGGCUUUCUCUGUCUUGCUCUGUCUCCCACAGAGUAUAGGUGCAUCUUUGCACAGUGGAGUUUGUCUCCUUUAACCGAGGUACUUAAUCAAUAUUCCCAUCCUGUUCUCCAUCUUUUGCUUCUCUCUCUCUUUUUCUCUUUCUCUCUCCUACACCCUUUAGCCAUACUGUCUCUUUAGAAUACUUACUUCCUUCUCUUUCUUUCUGUCUCUCUUUGCCUGUUUCUCUCUUCCUGAUCAUGUACCUUCUCCUUAUUAACUGCCAAUGGAAUUGGACCAAUGUCUGUAGAUGUUUUUUAUUUGACUUAUUUAGUGUCUUAUUUCGAGAACAUUCCUCCAUUGCUGUCUAGUAAAAAUGCUGUCAGUGUAGCACAUGUAUGUGUAAGUAUCUUUAAAAAUAUAUAUAUAUGAAGUGAUCAUAAAUAUUAUCGCCGAUAUCAAUCUAACAAGCCAGAGUUGGAAAAAUAACAAUAUUGA